AUGGAAGUGGAAAAUAUAAAUGUCGAUGACUUUUUGCCCGCAAAAAAGACUAUAAAGUUGAAGAAUGUGAAACGGCGGGCAGUCUCUGAAUCGGGUGAUGGAAUGGAAGUAGAAGAGCACAAUGGAAUUCAAGGAAGAGCUAAACUAGCAAAACCGAAAGUUAAGAGGACGAAAAAGAAUGUAGAACCUAAUGAAAGUAAAGUCAAUAUGAGAAAAGUUGCAGUCCCAGCACACAGAUAUACACCAUUAAAAGAGAACUGGCUCAAGAUAUUUACACCAAUAGUUGAACAUCUUUUGCUACAGGUACGGUUUAACACAAAAACACGAAAUGUAGAAAUAAGAGUUGGACCAGAGACUAAAGAUAUAGCAAAUUUACAAAAGGCUGCAGACUUUGUGAAGGCGUUUAUAUAUGGCUUUGAUGUUGAAGAUGCAUUAGCUUUGCUACGGCUAGAUGAUUUAUUUGUAGAAUCUUUUGAAGUAAAAGAUGUAAAGACACUUCAAGGAGAUCACUUGGGUCGUGCUAUUGGUCGAUUAGCAGGAAAAGCAGGCAGAACAAAGUUUACCAUAGAGAAUGUUACGAAAACUAGAAUAGUUUUGGCAGACUCAAAAAUUCACAUUCUAGGUAGUUACCAGAAUAUUGCACUGGCAAGGAGAGCCAUAUGUAAUCUUAUUAUGGGAUCACCUCCAUCAAAGGUGUAUGGCAAUUUGAGGAAUGUUGCUAAUAGAGUUGCUGAAAGAUUUUAG